CUCAUCACAUUGCAGAAAUCUUCUGACCAUUCCAACAGUACACUUCUAAAUCUCAAGUAGUGAGUUUGGUUUGUUCCGUGUCACGACAGUUUCUAUAAUUUAUUGAGUCAGAAUGCAGGUCUUCCUGCCAGCUUUUUUCGUUUCCAUAGCGGCAGUUUUUUGUGUACCUCAUGUUGAAAAUGGGACACAUUUGGAUAAACACUAUUCAGAGAGCGGUCAAAGUGACAUGAAGAUACAUGUGAGUUCUGAUGUAGCUAAAAAUCCAUGCAAGCCAGGAUUCAAGUGCCUUCCUGCCUCUCUUUGUGUUGAAAAAUUUGAUGACGAUUAUGGCAUGAUUGAUCUACACUUCGAUGAAAAUCCUUGCCCCGAUUAUCGGGAAAAGUGUUGCGAAGUUGUUGCAUUUGAAAAGCCAAAACCAAAACAAAUGCCGCAGAAGUGUGGUCACAGAAACGUCCAUGGGAUCGGUUUCAAGAUUGGCAGCAGUGAUGAAACAUAUGCACAAUACGGUGAAUUCCCGUGGACUGUUGCGAUUAUGAAAAAUGAGAAUGAUACCAACAUUUAUCAUUGCGGUGGUUCCCUGAUACAUCCCCAAGUGGUCCUAACUUCAGCUCACUCUGUUAGUGGAAGGCAGCCUGGAAGUUUGACGGUUCGAGCUGGUGAAUGGGAUCCGCUGACAGACAAAGAAAUUUUUCCCCAUCAAGAUAGACAUGUCACUGAGAUUCGAAUUCAUGAAGAGUUUACCAAAAGCACGUUGUAUAACAAUAUAGCACUCCUGCUCCUGGAAAGCCCUGUUGAACUAGCGGAAAAUGUACAAACCAUCUGUUUACCACCUGCAAAUACCACUUUCGAUCAUUCACGUUGCAUUGCUACAGGUUGGGGUAGAGAACAAAAAGCAUAUCAGGACAUCAUGAAGAUGAUCGAAUUACCAGUUGUCCCAUUCGAUGACUGUCAGACUUCCUUGCAAAGGACUCGCCUCGGAAAACGAUUCCAACUGCAUUCAUCAUUCUUGUGUGCAGGAGGAGAACCGGAUAAGGAUGCUUGCAGGGUUACCGGUGGUUCCCCAUUGGUUUGCCCAACAUCUGGGAAAGAAAAUCAAUAUUCCCAAGUUGGCAUUCUUGCUUGGGGACUAGGAUGUAGUGAUGAAAUACCGACAGUUUUUGUUAAUGUAGGUUUAUUCAGAGAGUGGUUGGAUAGACAGCUAGCAUCCAUUGAUAGUGAAGGCAAAUUUGAUUAAAAGCUCUUUACGUAAGGAUAAUAAAUGUCUUGUCUAGUUUGUAAA